AUGGCAUCACCAGCCUCGUUGGCUAGCUACGACAGUGAUGGCAGCGAAAAUCGAAUCUCCUCGAUGCAGAAAAUCGGCAAAGGAGAACCGGUGGACAACGAUGAGUUCGACACGUGGAUGAAGUCGAAGCAGCUGCUAAAGCCGGAUGAUCAGCUCGAUCUGACCGAGGCGGAGCUGGGCGAAGAGAUCCCGAAGCUGCUGUCGACGGAGAACAGGCAUCUGCCGCGCAAUCUGGUCGUGUACGACUUCCGGGAGGGUGCGUUCCUGCCAGUGCCGCCGCCCGAGAACACGAUAACGCUGCUAGAGUUCGAGGGCACCUCCAUCCACAAGGAUACGGAUGAGGCGAAGGAGCAGAUCUCGCGCAAGGGCACCGACGAGUUAAAUGUCACCCUGGACAAACCGAAGGAAACUCUCGCCGACGACCAGGAGGACACGAAAAAGCCCGACACACCGGAAACUGGUGACGGCGAAGAGGGUGAACGAGAUGAAGAUGAAGCCGAAGCUGAGGGUGAAGGCCAGGAGCAGGAGGAAGAGGUACAACCACCACCUGAGGAGGAAGCACCCAAGAAGAAGCUUACGAAUCAGUUCAACUUUUGCGAACGAGCCGCUCUGACGAUAGCAAAUCCAUCAAGGUCAGUGGACACUCAAACGAUUCCGCCGCCGCGAUCGUCGUUUGGCGCAAGCGUACUCCAGUGGGUGAUCUACGAUUCGUACAUCGAGGAUUACGCGCAGCAGCAGCGCGAGAAGGAACGCGAGAAGGAAAAGAAACCAGGACUUCAACGGCGUGACGAGAAGAGCCGCAAGGACGAGAAGGCAAAACAGGCGGAAGAGUUCAACAAGCGGUACCUGCAGGCGUGCCAGAUUAUCGAGCGUAUGGUGAAUCAGAAUAUAUACGACGAGAUCGCCCAGGAUUAUCGCUACUGGGAAGAUCCUUCCGAUGAGUUCCGCGAAGAGGAAGGCACAUUGCUACCGCUGUGGAAAUUUUCCUACGAGCGAACUAAGAAAAUGUGCGUCACUGAUCUUUGCUUCAAUACGCUGUACUACGACUUGUUUGCCGUCUGCUUCGGAACACUGGAUUUUAUGAAACAGAACGCCGAGGGAGCCGUUUGUUUAUUCACGAUAAAAAAUCCUUCAUUUCCAGAUUAUAGAAUUGCAACAGAAAGCGGCGCAAUGUGUUGCGAUAUUCACCCAAAGUAUCCGUAUCUGAUCGCGAUUGGACUGUACGAUGGAAAUGUGAUCGUGUACAAUCUGCAGGUUGGAACGAAGGAGGGUCCCGUGUAUAUCUCGCACGGUGUAAACGGCAAGCACGCGGAAUGCGUGUGGGAGAUCAAGUGGGGCCCGGACAUGCAGGAUGGUGAGAUUAACUUUUUCUCCGUGUCCGCGGAUGGGAAAGUUUUCAACUGGGUGUUAAUGCAAAACAAGCUCGCAAUUACGACCAUCAUCACGCUAUUUCUCGAGCUGGAUCAGGUGAGCGGUCCAGAUGGUACGGCACUGCGGUUGAAAGGUAGCGGCACCUGCAUGGUAUUCCAUCCCCACAAUCCGGAAAUUUUCCUCGUCGGUACGGAGGAGGGUUACAUCUUUAAGUGCAGCACUGCAUACAGCUCGAAAUAUCUGAUGACGUAUCAUGCGCACUACCUGCCCGUCCACCGGAUGGAUUACAACAAGUUCAAUUCGAACAUUUUCGCUUCGUGUAGUGGCGAUUGGCGGGUGAAGAUUUGGGAGGACAUGCGACCCGAACCGCUGUUCAUAUUCGAUCUCGGGUCGUCGGUAGGCGACGUCAAGUGGGCACCGUACUCGAGCACCGUCUUCGCCGCGGUAACAACCGAGGGCAAGGUGUUUGUGUUCGAUCUGAACGUGAACAAGUACAAAGCCAUCUGCACCCAGGCGAUCGUUUCGAAGCGUAAGAACAAGCUCACCCGGCUGGCGUUCAACCAGAAGCUACCGUUUAUCAUCGUCGGAGACGAUAAAGGAACGACGAUAACGUUGAAGCUUUCACCCAACCUGCGCGUCAAGACCAAAAUGGGCAAAAAGGCAGGCGUUGUUGAUCCACAGUUGCUCGAAAGCCAGAAGCUGGAUCGAUUGCUUUCGCUGGUCCGUGAGCUACCGGAGGGCGAAAUGGUGAAGGAAACCGUUUCGACCGUCGCAUCGAACUAA